AUGUCUGCGUUGGAUGCGUUGUCAAGGCAUCACGUGAUGUGGUACCAACCCAGAGCGGGAGGAACCAGCAACCGGUUACCGGAAAUCGUUGGUUUGGUUAGUAAACUACAUAUCGACCUCGACCCCGACCAUAACCGCAGGCACCCUUCAGACCUCCGUAUGGCGAGCGCCUCACACCUACAACUCAACAUGCCUGGCCUUUUUACCCCACAAUCGUUCAGACAUGGUUCAGACCCUCGAACAGAUAUGUUCGCGCCGACGCUUCAAUUUCCGAUCGCAGGUGAAACACCUGGCCGAAUGAUCAACUCAGAUGUCCACGGGACCCGAAAGCGCACCAUCUCGACCUCCCAGGGAAGCAACGCAGAUGCAUGGUCGAACAACGUGCUGGAGGACUCCCGUUAUUCAACUGCAACAAGUCCACCACCGCUCGCAAACGACCGAUACGAGCUCGCAAGAGGAGGAAUGGAAAGACCAGAUCUAUUCGCACGGCAAAAUGCAGACCAUGACGAGUACUUCCAGCUCCAGCAGCAGCGAGGGAUGUGGUCAGCACCCAUGACACCUGCAAGCACGACUACGAGCAAGCCAUGGAUGUUUAAUCAGAUAUUGAACAUCGUCGGUGGCGUUGCAGGAAAGCUCGUUCAGUUCUGCUCAGUGCCCUUUCGAGGGUUCCAAGCUGGUGGAGGACAGGCAUACACAUUCACUGCACAAGGAGAUAUCACCCACAAGCAUCAAGAGGAGGACUCAUUCACGGAGAAGGAAGCAGUGCAAGGCCCUCUACCUGGAGAAUUUCCGGAAGACAAUUACGGAGUUCUGUCCGUGGAGUCGUUGGAUAAAGAGUAUCACCAGGAACAUCACCACGAACGACCUCGAAUGGCCAAGCGCCAACGUACUGGCGAUAACUGGAUUGUGGUGGGCACUGAGCUAGAUAUGGAGUCGAGGCCAUCAACCCCUGGGCUAUCCGACCGACGAGUAUCGACGCACAAGCGGUCACCCUCCCACAUCCCUCGUCCUGCCUCAAGGACUAGCAUGUGCAGCAGCACUCCAAAGCGACCGUCUCUGAUUCCUGUGUCGAGGCGGUCUACUGUGGAGAGGAAGGCAUACCAAAGCCCGUUGUCUACAUCUGAGAAAGGACACAAGAGGAACCGAUCGUAUGGUCGACAAAGCCUCGGCUCCCCUGCUGUCCCCAAGGAAUCGAACGGGAGCAAGAAGAGCCCCCUACCACCUGGCAGCCAACGCAUCGUCAACAAAAUGCGGCGGGAGAAGCUCGAGGAUGAUGCUCGGAUGCGCAGAAUGAACUCUCAGAUGAGCGCGAUGCUCAAGGAGGCACGUGAGGCUCUGGGUAGCCGAUUCGAAGUGGAAGACUAUGGUGGCAUGGAUUUCGAAGACGAGGUGGAUGCGCGCAGAUAG